UUAUAUAAAAUAAAAAGACUUGAGAGAAAUGACGAUGAGAAAAUGCAUUCUAUUAAUGUUUUUGGUGGCGGUAGUAAUAGCAACCAUGGGAAGAGAAGUAGAAGGAGUUUCAUGUGAGACCAAGUGCGAGCUUAAGUGCGGUGGCCUUUAUGUGCCUCCAAGUACAUGUAUCGACCCAUGUAUACGCGAGCACUGCCACAAACCACCAAGUCAUUCAUCUCAAUCAUUGCAGAUGGAGGCUAUAUGAAUGAGAAACAUCAGAGAGUAGAAACAUGAAGAAUAUUAUUGAUAUAUUUGUAAGCUGAUCAAAAGCAUCAUUUAAAUGAAAACUUUUUUUUUUUA